UCCUGCUCUAGAGUACGUCGCGCUGCACCGUGCCCUCCAAAGCAGGCUGCUCUUGAGUGUCACCGUGCACUGGCACCGCGCGCGCGAGCUCUUGGUGUCGAGAAGAUGAUGAUGAGGCAUGGUCUUGUCGCCCGAGUUCACCGCGCUCAUCCCCUUCUUCUGCUCCUCGCGGCCGUCUUGUUGCUCACCGCCACGGCUGAUGGCAUCAGACCGGGCCCCGAUGAUGCUGAUGCAAGACCGGCAGUGCAGCGUGCACGGCCGGGGCAUGCGCCUGGUGCUGCGGCGACGGAGACGGAUGAGAAGAAGGAUGUGUCGGGGUUCCUGCAGGAGGAGGUGUACGGGACGGGGUCGAGCCUGCCGGACUGCACGCACGCGUGCGGCGCCUGCAAGCCGUGCAACCGCGUGAUGGUCAGCUUCAAGUGCUCCAUCGCCGAGCCCUGCCCCAUGGUCUACCGCUGCAUGUGCAAGGGCAAGUGCUACCCCGUUCCCUCCAGCUAGCUCAGCCCAGCUCACAUGAUUUCCCCCGCGCACGCACACACGGCUGAUGCAGAUGCAGAUGCAGAUGGUGCAGAGUAAUAUGCCGAUCUAGUUAUAUGGGAAUUUUUAUGCUGGUGUUCGAUCACCAUGAUGAUAUGAUGACAUUUUGUAAAUUAUGACUCGGUGGCUAGCUAGCUGGCUAGUCCAUGCACUGAGACGGUUUCUCAAACAGUGUUUUUGG